AAAAUUAUAUACACUGUUUAAAUAAUUAGUAUUGAUAUUAUUAAAAAAUGAGUGGAAUUUUACGAAAUACAUUGCGUCUUGUUGGCACAGCAAAAUAUGCUCCAAAUAAUUCAACAAAAUAUCUACGAUCCAUGACAUUCACAACUAAUCAUUUAAAUAAUUCAUUGUCAUUACUUCAACCAAAUUAUCUUAACCAUAAUAGAUUCGGAACUCAAGCUAAAAAAAUAUCAACUGAUAAUGGGACAACCAUAUGGGCCACUGGAAAGAAAAUAUUAUCAUUAUUUGAUGCUAAUGAAGAAAUAAAAAAAAAUGCAAAUAUUGUUCAUCUUAAGGUAUCACUUAGUAGUGGUAAAGUAAGAUUAUUAACACCAGAAGAAGAAAAAUACUUAAUUUUUCCUCCCAAAUUCAGUAUUAAAGUUAACGAAGAAUCAAUUGACCCUUCAAACAAUAACAUUGAUGCUAAACCAGUGACAUUAUCAUUUUACUUGGGUAAAUGGCAUGUAACACUUGAUGAUGAUGAAUUAACAUUAAAAAUAAGAGAUACUGGCGAAAUUUUUAUUUUGAGACACGAAGUUUACGUUAAAGCUCUCAUAAAACCACCUAAACAGUUAGAGGAUGGUACUUAUCAGAUGGUUCCAGAUCCACCUAUUUCUGAUUAUGGAGUAUGUGGUGCUAAAAUAAUAUCAAAACAAGCUGGGUUGGAACCUUUUGAACGGUCUUUCGCACCUAGGCAAACCAAGGCCACUGCCGAAAUACUUAAAAGUUACGGAAAUCCAAUAUCCGAGGCACUAAUAGACACUAAAAGUGCCAGAAUAAUUGAUGAUACACCAAAUAGUUUUGGAAGAAUGAAACUGAAAUUUCCAAUGACUGUGUCACUUGAAGGAGCUCCACUACAAAUAAAAAUAAAAAAUUCUGAUGAUAUUUACACUGCCUAUCACACAGUUGACAUUCGAGCUAGCAAAACAUUGGCUGAAAAUUUAAAAAAUGGAAGUACAGAUGAAAAAACAGAAAGACGAUCAAAAAUUGAUAAACUUCGAAUGCAACUUGUGAGCGGUGAUCUAAUCUUUGAACCAAGAGUUUCCAGUGAUCAAAGUGUAUUCCUCAGACAAGAAGUCGACAUUGAAAUUGACUUGGAUAGUGAAGUACCAAGUAUUCUUGUUAGCCCUCAUUUAAAAACAUAUAAUGAACUUUAAAUAAAAAUAAACAGUC